GCGAAUACUAAUAUUAUGCCAAAGAUAGAAAUUUUGGCUGAUGACAGAUACAAAUGGAGUUGGUUAAUGAACCAUUUAGUAUCAUUUCAUAGUAGUAUUCUCAUUUCUGUUAGUCGAAAAGAUGGCAUUGAAGCACUGUUAAGCAAUUCGACCCAAGUUG